CUGAGAACACUUUCUCCGCAGACACCUGUUAACUGCUCUGUCUGCGGCAAGACCAUAAGCCGCAAGGCAGAUCUUCCUAGGCACAUGCGCACGCACGAUGAAAACAAGGAGGCUUUUAUGCACGCAUGUCCAUUCCCUAAUUGCAAUUACAAGACCCUCCAAAAGUCCAACGUGCAGACGCACAUCAGGACCCACACCCGCGAACGCUCGAAGACGUGCCCUCACCCUGGGUGUGCGUUUACCACUACCGAUCCAGCAAGCUUGACGCGUCACCGCAAG